AUGGAAAGAAAACGCUUGAAGAAAGAGAUUGAAAAACUCCUGGGAGAUUAUGUUGGCAUCAGACUACGAGAAAAUGAAUUUGAUCCAAGAGGCCAAAGGCAGCCCACCUUUAUAGAUGACAUGGUCCAUUACAACUUAGCCUUCAGUGUUGCUUUGCUGUGGCUAAGUGACUUGGAUGCUCAGACUGCACUGACAAGAGAGAAAUUGAAUUUUGCAGCUUGCAACCGAUACAUGUAUCCCAACCGAACUGAGAGAGAAGCUAUGAUAUUAUCUUCAUAUGCUGGAAUAUUAAUGAACAGCAUUUCUCUUGAAGAGAUUUUUGAGAUUUACAGCAUGAGGACCUCAGCAACACACUGGCAGAGCUCUGCAAAUGACCACUGGAUUCAACCUUUCAAGUUCUCCCUGCAUCCAUUUGCCAUGCUGACUGCCCCUGAAGCUGCGGAGUAUGCCUGGAAGCAAAGCAUCAAGUACCCGAGAGCAGCAGCAUAUCAAAAGAUCAACCCUUGUUCAGCAAGGAAAGCUAAGAAGGACAGCAAGCAGCUGAACUCACUCACCAGAGGAAAGCAACAGGUUGACAAAGAUAAAGUGGGUGACAAAGUAUUGAAAUGGAAGCAAAGUUCAUCUGCUCUCACAAAAGGAAAGAUUGAACAAAUACCAUGGGACAAACUUAGGCAAGAGGUAAUCGACACAGACUGGGGAAGGAGAGGAAGACCUACACCAGAAACUGCUCAGAUCCGCUGA